AUGUUUUCCCACAGCAGAUUGAAGGAGUAAAGAUGAUGGUCAACAAAACCCUUAGCAGCUUCUUCAAAGCCAGUCAUACCUUCCACCUCAGUGCAGUGAGUCCGUCUCAAUACCGCUUCCAUGUGGAGCACCGUCAGUCUGACAGUCACGGCAAAGAUACGGACUCCCCCGUGCUGAUCGGUGAGAUGGACUCCUCCGGCAGUCUGAAUGCUCAUUCGCUGCUGCAUCUUAGCGAACGAAUCAGGGCCAAGGCUGUGUUUCAGACCCAGCAGGCUCAGUUCAUGACGUGGCAGUUUGAGACGGAGUACAGAGGAAGUGACUUCACAGCAGCUGUUACCAUGGCGAACCCUGAUGUCCUACGGGAGUCAGUGAUCCUGGUUGCCCACUUCCUCCAGAGUGUGUGUUCAGGGUUGGUGUUGGGAGGAGAGCUGGUCUACCACAGAGGAAGACAUGAAGAGGGAGGCAUUCUCACCCUGGCUGGACAGUACUCAGGUCCUAAUUGGGUGGCGACACUGAAUGCUGGGAAAGGAGGAGCUCACGCCAGCUACUACCAUAGAGCUAACAAACAGAUCCAGGUGGGGGUAGAGUUUGAGGCCAGUACCAGGACCCAGGAAACGACGGCCUCCUUCGGGUACCAGAUGGAACUACCAGAGGCUAACAUGGUGUUCAGAGGCAUGGUUAACAGUAGGUGUAUAAGAGGAGUACUGGAGAAGAGUCUGUCUCCUCUCCCUGCUACACUGCUGAUGGGAGCCUUCGUUAAUCACCGUGGUGACAAACUGCAGGUGGGGCUGGGAAUCAAUGUGGGCUAGACUACAACACCCACAACCCUCUACAGAAGGGACUCCCUCACACGCCCCUCUCCCAGCCCUGUGGCCUCGUGGGAAACGGCGUUCCUGUUUUUGGAGGAAGAAAAUGGUGCAGCAAGAAUUCCCCCCCCCCUAGCGACCACAUGGCAACUGUUACAUCGCUUCCUGUUGAAAAACCUGAACUGGACAGACUCACGAGAUGUCAGCUCCACACAUAGAGAGCGAUAGAGGACUAAAUUUAGUAUCUGUGACAUUAUAUCAUCUGACACAGCAUGGGCAUUUUGAAGUAGUACAUUCUCUUCUUAAACGAUUGGCUGAUCAAUCUUGAUGACCCAGUUAAACAUGGCUCCAAUAGGUUAAUCGGGAGGGAUCGGCCAAUAGAGUUGGAAGUCCCACCCAGUUGACUACAUUAAAAUGGUGGAAUCCAUCAACGGCGCUGUCCAUGCUAAUAUGGCCCUUUGGCCACUGGAGGUCUCUAUCGUUCUCUAUGACUCCCCCACACCUCAUAAUGCAUAAUGGACAGCUCAUAGCAUUAACCAUGUGUUUGAUACCAUUCCAAUGAUUCCGUUCCAGCCAGUACCACGAACCCAUCCUCCCCAAGUAAGGUACCACCAACCUCCUGUGCUCACCUCCCAUCCCCCAUAAUGCACCUCACCUCCCACAUAACGUACUCUAUGUAUACUAUAUAUUGUAAUAUCAUAAUAUAUUUGUACUCUAUGUGGGGCCCUCUAGAGAUUAAACUGAUGUUGAGACUGGGACCCUCUAGAGAUUAAACUGAUGUUGAGACUGGGACCCUCUAGAGAUUAAACUGAUGUUGAGAUUGGGACCCUCUAGAGAUUAAACUGAUGUUGAGAUUGUGGGACCCUCUAAAGAUUAAACUGAUGUUGAGACUGGGACCCUCUAGAGAUUACACCCAGACAGAAUGAUCUCUAGAGAUAACGGGCAGACAGAAUUAUCUCUAGAGAUAACGGCCAGACAGGAUGAUCUCUAGAGAUAACGGCCAGACAGAAUGAUCUCAUCCUCCACAAGCCCAGGAGCAGGAGAUAUUACUAUAUUAUACACUGAAUGUACCAAAUAUUAAGAACACCUUCCUAAUAUUGAGUUGCACCCCCUAUCUCCCCCUUUUGACCUCAUAAGAGCCUCAAUUUGUUGGGGCGUGGACUUAAGGUGUCAAAAGCAUUCCAAUGGAUGCUGGCCAAUGUUGAUUCAAAUAACUCCCAGUUAUGUCAAGUUGGCUGGAUAUCCUUUGGGUAGUGGAACAUUCUUGAUACACACUGGAAACUGUUGAGCUUUAAAAACCCAGCAUCUUUGCAAUUCUUGAAACAAGUCGGUGCGCCUGACACCUACUACCAAACUCUGUUCAAAGGCACUUAAAUAUUUUGUCUUGCCCAUUCACCCUCUAAAUGUCUCAGUUGACUCGAGGCUUAAAAAUCCUCCUUUAACCUGUCUCCUCCCCUUCAUUUACACUGAUUGAAGUGGAUUUAACAAGUGACAUCAAUAAUGGAUCAUAGCUUUCACCUGGAUUCACCUGGUCAGUCUAUGUCAUGGAAAAGAGCAGGUGUUCUUAAUGUUUUCUUAAUGUUUUGUCCACAAAAGCUCAAAUCUGCAAUGCCAUGUAAAAACCUCAAAAACAUUGAAGUUACACUGCAGAAUGUGAUUUCUAAGCAAGCCUAAAUAUCUUGCAUCAAGGUUUUUUUCAUUAUAUUGAGGGAUAAAUCACUUCAAAUGUGUUUUGUUUUCUUACCAAGAUAAAUUGGCUAACCUCA